GCUAGAAGAAUGGGGCGUAUUGUGAAGCAGUAUCAAGAAGCAUUGAAACUUUUAGCUGCCGGGCGACCUAUUCCAAGAGAAGAACUGCCUGAUCCACCAGGAUAUGCUCCUAUACCCCUCACAAACCAUCCAGGACUUCCUGGAUCAGCUGUUAAAGCACCUGCUGUUGUUGUUCCAGCUUCUGAUACAGCUGCUCCUGGGUCUAGUCCAGCAGCUGCGUCUAGUCCAGCAGCUGCUACAGCUUCUCCAAAACCAUCAGCUGCUCCUACAGCUAAACAGGUACAGGGAUAG